AUGUCUGCACGGCCACCAGUAGCUGUGUUACUUGGGGAGCACUGCCCAAAGUUGAAGCUGAUUGCCAAUAGGUAUUACUCUUUGUUUUCCUUCUAUAAAGGCUCUUACGAACAGGAGGCCUUAGAAGCACAUAACAAUUAUCGCAGGAUCCAUGACGCCCCACCAAUGAGGCUGGACUCUAAUAUGAACCAGCAGGCAGCAGCCUAUGCCCAGCGGUUAGCACGCAUGGGUACACUGCAGCACUCGAGUUCUAGUGAGAGACCAGGCCAGGGUGAGAAUCUCGCCAUGGCUUGUCGGUCUGGAGGCCUGUCCGCGAAAAGAGCUGUUGAUAUGUGGUAUAAAGAGGUUUGCCAAUACAAUUUUAACAAUCCUGGAUUUGGAUAUGGCACAGGGCACUUCACGCAGGUAGUUUGGCGAAAAAGCGUAAAAUUAGGAAUGGGCUCCGCCACGUCCGGAAGAUGCACCUAUGUUGUAGGCCGAUACAGCCCUGCGGGGAAUAUGAUGAGGGACUUCAGGGACAAUGUUGCGAAGGGAAGUUUUGAAAAGAGUAGUUAUUGUAACGGGGGUGGUGGAGGCGGCGGAGUCGGCGGCGGCGGCGGCGGUGGUGGUGGCGGUGGCGGCGGCGGCGGUGGUGGUGGCGGUGGCGGCGGCGGCGGUGGUGGUGGUGGGUGGCGUCCAGGGGGAGGUGGAGGUGGAGGAGGGUGGAGACCUGUUGGAGGCGGGGGUGGUGGUGGAGGUGGCUGGAGACCUGUCGGUGGAGGUGGAGGAGGAGGAGGAGGCUGGAAACCUGUGGGCGGAGGAGGAGGAGGAGGAGGCUGGAAACCAGGGAUUUUUCAUUCCUCUCUCGCAAUGUCUCAAAAAACAUCUUUUGUUGUGUUGCUGAGGACACUGUGCAUGUUAGGGAGGCUGCUUUAUGUUGAAGGAUCGUUUGAGCAGGAAGCUUUACAAGCACAUAACAAUUAUCGUUCGAUCCAUGACGCUCCACCAAUGACGCUGGACUCAAGUAUGAGCCAGAGUGCAGCAGCCUAUGCCCAGCGGUUAGCGCGCAUGGGCACUCUGCAACACUCGAGUUCAAGUGAGAGGCCGGGCCAGGGGGAGAAUCUCGCCAUGGCAUGUGGGUCUGGAGGCUUGUCCGCAAAAAAGGCUGUUGAUAUGUGGUACGAAGAAGUUUGCAUGUACAACUUUAACAAUCCCGGAUAUGCGUCUGGCACAGGGCACUUCACACAGUUAGUUUGGAAAGGAAGUGACAAACUGGGAAUGGGACACGCCACGUCCGGGCAAUGCACCUACGUUGUAGGACGGUAUAAACCAGCUGGGAAUAUGAGGGGUGACUACGAGAAUAAUGUUAUGAAGGGAAGUUUUAGUAAAGAGGAAUAUUGUAAUAAGGGAGAGGGAGGUGGUGGCUUGGGACCUGGAGGUGGAGGUGGUGGGUGGGGAGGUGGCGGUGGUGGUGUGGGCGGAGGCGGUUGGGAAGGUGGAGGCGGGUGUGGAGGUGGAGGUUGGAAACCCGGAGGUGGGUGUGGAGGUGGAGGCUGGAGACCUGGUGGUGGAGGCGGGGGUGGAGGCUGGAGACCUGGUGGCGGAGGCGGAGGUGGAGGUUGGGGACCCGGUGGAGGUGGUUGGAGACCCAGUGGUGGAGGUGGAGGUGGAGGUGGAGGUGGAGGUGGAGGUGGAGGCUGGAGACCCAGUGGUGGAGGCGGAGGCUGGAGACCCGGUGGUGGAGGCGGAGGCGGAGGCUGGAGACCUGUAGGUGGAGGCGGUGGUGGAGGCGGUGGUGGAGGCUGGAGACCCAGUGGUGGAGGUGGUGGUGGAGGUUGGAGACCUGGUGUUGGAGGUGGUGGUGGGGCUUGGAGACCUGGUGGUGGAGGUGGUGGUGGAGGUGGUGGUGGAGGCUGGAGACCUGUAGGUGGAGGUGGUGGUGGUGGUGGUGGUGGUGGAGGCUGGGGACCUGUAGGUGGGGGUGGCGGUGGGGACUGGAGACGUUGA